CAGGUCUGAAGUCCUUCUCAGCAGUCAGAGUGUGUGGAUGAAUCCAACUGGAGGACAAAGCCCUUUGAUUGGAUCCCCAUAGCUGACUGACUGGUGUGGUGGAUACCCUGCUUGACCCCCACAUAGUCCUGAUUGUGGAGAGCUCUGACCAAGGGGGAAGAUUUUUAACGUGACACGCCGGACCAUGGACAGGAAGGGGAAAUGGGUGCUGAGCAGCGGUGCUUUGCUGGUGAUAUUCCUUGGUCGCAUGACCACAGCCUUAGAAGUGCCUCUUGACCCUGAGGUUCUGGAAGGAUUACCACAGCCUCCCACUAUAACCCACCAAUCCCCUAAGGAUUUCAUCAUCGACCCUCGGGAGAACAUCCUCAUCUACUGUGAGGCCAAAGGGAAGCCGCAUCCCAGCUUUUCCUGGACACGGAAUGGGACGCAUUUUGACGUGGAGAAGGACUCGAAGGUGUUGAUGAAGCCGAGCUCAGGGACGCUGGUCAUAGACAUCAGUGGGGAGAAGGCUGAGGCCUACGAGGGGAUCUACCAGUGUACCGCACGCAAUGAGCACGGGACCGCUGUUUCCAACAACAUCUUCAUCAGACAGUCGAGGUCCCCCUUGUGGUCGAAGGAGAGGAAAGAGGCAAUCAUGGUACAGGUGGGAGUGUCUCUGGUGCUGCAGUGUCGACCGCCUGCAGGCCUGCCCCCUCCCAUCAUCUUCUGGAUGGACAACAACUUCCAGCGCCUGCCUCAGAACACGCGUGUGUCCCAGGCGUUAAACGGAGACCUGUACUUCUCUAACGUCCUAUUGGACGACACCAGGAACGACUACAUCUGCUACGCCCGUUUCCCUCACACACAGACCAUCCAGCAGAAACAACCCAUCACUGUCAAAGUCCUGGACAUGGAUGCGAUCAAUGAAACUGUGGCAGCUAUGUACAAUUAUACGAACAAUUUAUUUGUUGACAGUCCAUCGGGGGAGCGGCGACCCAGCUUCAUGGCUCCUCUGGGGCGGAGCAGCACCCAGAUGGCCCUGAGGGGAGGGGUUCUGGAGCUAGAGUGUAUCGCUGAAGGACUUCCGACUCCGGAGGUGUCCUGGUAUAAGGAGAGUGGCGAUCUUCCUAGCAGCCGGAUGUCCUUCCACAACUUCCAGAAGACGUUGAAGAUCGCAGAUGUGAUGGAGGCGGACGCCGGGGACUACCGCUGCACGGCCAAGAACAGCCUAGGCUCCGCCCAUCACACCAUCAAAGUCAACGUCAAAGCGGCUCCGUUCUGGAUCAGUGCCCCCAGGAACCUGAUCCUGGCCCCGAAGGAGACGGGCAUCCUCACCUGCAGAGUCAGUGGAGACCCCAAGCCCCAAAUCGCCUGGUCCGUCAACGGAGUCCCCAUCAAAGACUCUCCGAAGGACACGAGUCGGAAGGUGGAGGACGACACAGUGAUUCUGAGCGACGUCCAGACCGGCUCCAGCGCUGUCUACCAGUGCAACGCCUCCAAUGAGUUUGGCUACCUGCUGGCUAAUGCUUUUGUCAAUGUGCUCGCCGAAGCACCAAGGGUGCUGACUCCCCCCAACAAUGUGUACCAGGUCAUCACCAACAAUCCUGCCUUCCUGGACUGUGCCUCGUUCGGCUCGCCCAUACCAACCAUCACAUGGUUUAAGGACAGCCAGACCAGUAUCCUGAAUAGAGACCCUUAUGUGAUCCAUAAUAACGGUACCUUAGAGAUCAACGUAGCCCAGUCCCUGAACAGUGGCAAGUACACCUGUAUAGCCUCCAACAACCUGGGAACCAGGGAGAACCAUGUCUACUUGGAGGUCAAAGAGCCGACGAGGAUCCUGGCCCAGCCAGAGUACAUGGUGGUCCAGAGGAACAGGAAGGCAGUGUUUGAGUGUAAAGUUAAACACGACCCCACCCUCAUCCCCACCAUGAACUGGCUCAAAGACAACGGAGAGCUGCCUGACGACGAGAGGUUCUUGGUGGACACUGACAGUCUGACCAUCAACGAAGUGACAGAGGAGGACGAGGGAACCUACACCUGUGUCAUGAACACCACCCUGGACCAGGACUCAGCUAGCGCCAUGCUCACCGUCGUUGAGGCUACUCCAACUCCUGCUAUUGUCUACGAGGAACCAGACCCUCCUACAGACCUGGAGCUGACUGACCAGAGGGAGAGGAGCGUCCAGCUCACCUGGAUACCUGGAGACGAACACAACAGCCCCACACAGAAGUUCCUAGUCCAGUAUGAGGACCUGCUCCACCAGGCUGGGGUGUGGCACAACCUGACAGAGGAGGAGGGCACCAAGACCACAGCCCACCUGGACCUGUCCCCCUACGCCUACUACUCCUUCAGGGUUCUGGCCGUGAACCAUGUGGGCUACAGCCAGCCCAGCCAGCCCUCCAGACAGUACAGGACCAAUCCUGCAGCUCCAGAUGUGAAUCCAACAGAUGUCCAUGGUGUUGGAACUGAACAUAAUAACUUAGUCAUCUCAUGGAAGGAGCUGACAGGCCUCCAGUCCAAUGGACCAGGACUACAGUACAAGGUGAACUGGAGACAGAAGGAUGUGGAGGAGGACUGGUUGUCUGAGACCGUGGCUAACACCUCCAAGUAUGUGGUGUCAGGCACACCCACUUUCGUACCCUACGAGGUCAAAGUUCAGGCGGUGAACGACUACGGAAACGGACCAGCGCCUGAGGCGGUGGUGGGGUAUUCUGGAGAGGACGUGCCCAUGUCAGCCCCAGAGAGUGUCCAGGUGCUGGUUCAGAACGGGACGCUAGCAGAGGUUCACUGGGAGCCUGUCCUCACCUCCAUGGUCAGGGGACGACUCCAGGGCUACAAGGUGUCCUACUGGCGUGAGCGUAGCCUCCACCAGGCAGAGGCUCAGCAGGAGGAACAGCAGGUGUUGCUCUUGAGUGGGAACAGGACUGACGGCAGACUACCAGGCCUCAAACCCUACAGCCUCUAUACACUGAACAUCAGGGUGGUCAACGGCAAGGGAGAGGGGCCCCCCAGCCCCAACCACAACUUUGAGACCCCAGAAGGAGUCCCUGGUCCUCCUUCCUUCUUGCGUAUAAAGAACACCGACAUGGACUCUCUGACGCUGGAGUGGGGUCCUCCACAGGACAACAAUGGUCGCCUCACCGGCUACACACUCAAAUACCAGCCAGUCAACAGCUCCAAUGAGCUUGGUCCCGUUGAGGAGAUGAUGUUCCCAGCCAAUGAGACCACCGUAAUCCUGGCCGACCUCAAGUACAGCACCCGCUAUAAGUUCUACUUCAACGCUAAGACCAUCAAGGGCUCCGGCCCAACUAUCACAGAGGAGGCUGUCACUAUCAUGGAUGAAGCCUUUAUUCAGCAACCCAUAGUAGAUGUGUUCAAAGGCUACACAGAACCCCAUCUUCCAAUCUCUCCCAUCACUCAGUCUCUGCGCCCCCCGUUUCACAAGGUGCGUCCGAUAGGCCCGGCGUUCACCAAUGUAAACUCCUCUGUGGUGGGAGAGGAGGGAGCAGUGAUAAGUUGGGAAUACUUUGGACCAGAUAAGAAUGUGUAUGUGGAGUAUAUUGUAGAAAACAGUAAAGAAGACUGGACAAAAGAGUGUGUAAACGGCAGUAGCGGGUCUCAGACCCAUCUGAUAAAGGGCUUAAAGCCGGGGACGUCCUAUAGGGUUCGGCUGGCAGUGAAAGAUCACUCUGAGGCUACCAUACACAGUACAGAGGAGCUAGUGAUAACGCUGCCAGAAGCAAUGAAAAGCGACCAGGUAGACCUAGCCACUCAGGGUUGGUUCAUAGGGCUGAUGUGUGCCAUCGCUCUCCUCAUCCUCGUCCUUCUCAUCAUCUGCUUCAUCAAGAGGAACAAGGGAGGGAAAUACCCAGUGAAAGAAAAAGAGGAUGCUCAUCAAGACCCAGAGAUCCAGCCUAUGAAGGAUGAUGAUGGGACGUUUGGAGAGUACAGUGACACGGAGGACCACAAGCCUCUGAAGGGCAGCCGGACGCCGUCCAACGGAACGGUGAAGAGGGACGACAGUGAUGACAGCCUGGUGGACUACGGCGAGGGAGGGGAUGGGCAGUUCAACGAGGAUGGAUCCUUCAUCGGCCAGUACAGCGGCAAGAAGGAGAAAGACACGCAUGAGGGCAACGAGAGCUCCGAGGCCCCCUCGCCGGUCAACGCUAUGAACUCCUUCGUCUAGGUAGAGAGACAGUCACCGCUAGCCGAUGGCGAUGCCAUGACGACUGGCUGCCAUGGAAACCGUCACUGUGGUGACCUGACCUGUCACCAUGGAGACCUGCCACCAUAAGGACGUGUCACCAUGGAGACUCAUCACCGUGGUGACCUGUCACUGUGGCCACCCAUCACCUUGGCUACUUCUGUCACACCCUGUCAUCUCUCCACAGCCUGCCCCUCCUGCCCGCCAACUCCCCACCCCCCCAUCACACUGUGACUACUCUCACCACCCUCACUAUCACACGAUGGGAGAAACAACUAACCAACCAGAACAGACAUGAGAAAAAGAACCUUAGAACCUUUUGAAAAAGUAGAAGGAGGGAUGUAGGAGCCCAGAAACAGACAGAGAGAGAUGGAAGAUGUAGGAGCCCAGAAACAGACAGAGAGAGAUGGAGGAUGGAGGAGCCCAGAAACAGACAGAGAGAGAUGGAGGAUGGAGGAGAAGGCAUCACUGACAAGCAGGAAGUGGAGGAAUGUAUUCCAGGAGCAGACUGGGUUGGUUCUCAUCACCCAGACUGCUCCACAAAGUGCUGGAGAGGGCAUGUGUGUGUUAGGGCCAUUUUAGCUUUUGCAAACGUAUAUAUGAUGACAUAUAUAGAUCGUUGUCUUUUUGCAAACAAUGAUAUCCAUUAGAAUAUAUAUUUUCUCCACAUCACCCAACAUGGCAGUCAACAGUAUACAUUUUUCCAUUCUAUACAUCCAUCUGCUUCUGAUUAAUAUACUGCAUGGAAUGAAUGAUUUUCUAAACCAUUACACACGGAAUCAUACUGGUGUCUAGUGUGGGAGCAGAGAUUCACGUUGACUGACUGUACGCGAUGACGGAGCACCUUCAACUACUGGUUAUGCCUUUCAUCGUCUUACCUUUCUACUGUCAGAAGUGUUAUAUUGGUAUUAUAAUACGGGGAAAAACUAUGGCGUCAUCAAUGUCUUUGUGAACAUUGCUGUGAAAAGUGUGACUCAGUUUAAAUGCUAUUGUGACAUGUCAUUUUUGCAAGACAGGAGGUGUUUGUAUAUAUAUUGUAAUAGCAGAACACAUCUAUGGACUGGAUGGUCAGGGAUAAACACAUUUCUAGUUUGUAGCCCUGAAGAGAAAACGAGUGAUAAUUAAUACAGAAUAACACCGACACUCCACACCUCUCUCCAACGAUCCUACACUCACACACAGACGUUGCUGUUUGUCUUUCUUGUUGUUUAGUUGUCUUCCGUUCCACCAGACACAUGGUCUUGUUGCAGUGGCUCUGCUAUCUAACAUGGAGAUUGGAACAGACCCAUUGUGCAUACAGCCUCACCACACACUCAGCUGAGACUGCAUACAGCCUCACCACACACUCAGCUGAGACUGCAUACAGCCUCACCACACACUCAGCUGAGACUGCAUACAGCCUCACCACACACUCAGCUGAGACUGCAUACAGCCUCACCACACACUCAGCUGAGACUGCAUACAGCCUCACCACACACUCAGCUGAGACUGCAUACAGCCUCACCACACACUCAGCUGAGA